AUGUACAGUGGGGCACUUCAAGAUGCGACAUAUUCUCCCUAUCAAUCUCACAAACUCGAAGGAGAUACAUCUAAAGUAAGCACUAUUUAUAUUCGGCCUAAAGCCCCAUCAAUCAAGAAGGCAUGGUAUUUUGAUGAGAACCUACCUAUCCCUACUGAUAUCUGCAAUACAAUCAAUCAUCCUGGUACAGACACAAAUGCGUACGAGGAUGCUGACACAUUUGGAAAUUCUGUACGAGAAGCUUUAACUAAAUAUCUGGAAGAUGUAAGAUCGGGAAUGAAACCUGCAACAAAAUUACAAGAACAACUUGAACAGUUCUCUAGAGUUACUUGUCAACUUCUGACUGAAGGUGAUUUAGGAACAUGUACAGGUACCGUUGUAAGUGGCGAGACCAUGGAGGUCUUAAAUGAGAUCGAAAGGAAGAUGGAGAGGAAAAAGGCUCGCGGGAUAUUCAUUUUCCCUACCAGUCCACCAACAUCGUCUCCAUCUUCAAAUCCAGCUUGGUGGCAUCCUAGUAAUCUAGGUCUUAGUGCUCGAAGAUCACAGUCGAGUGACAAGAUUGAGGACUCGACGACUCGACCCAGCCCAUCAACCACUACGAAGAUGUGGAUGGCAUAUCACCCUGAGCUUGAAGCCGUAGAGAGUAAUCGAGUCAAGGGUAAUGCAUUAAGCAAGCUUUGGAAGGCAAAUCCUGGUCCUCAAUUUAGACAGUACGUCGACAGUGCACUAUUGAAUGCAGGAUUCUUAACCGUAGAUUGCUCUCAGAAAGUUUUUGAUGAAUUGCCUUCUUGCGAAGUAAUCAUUUAA